AUGAAUCCGUCCGAGUCGCAGCAGAAUCUCCUCGCGAACGAGACAAGGGCCGCGUCGAUGCAAUCGUUAACGCCGCCCCAGGACUACUGUCUCGGCCCAGUUGAGAAGCACUUCCUGCUCAGCGCGGAACGAGGUGAUUGUGCCACUGUCAAAAGGUUAUUGGAAGAGAACAAGGACCAUCCAGAGCUGCUCAAUAUCGAUUGCGUGGAUCCGCUGAACAGAUCAGCGCUGAUCGCCGCCAUCGAGAACGAGAACAUCGAUUUGAUCAAGCUGCUUCUUGACUUGGGUAUCCAAGUCAAGGAUGCUCUCUUACACGCCAUAAAGGAGGAGUACGUGGAGGCUGUGGAGAUCCUCCUGGAAUGGGAGGAGAAGAAUCAUGCGGCGGGACAACCUUACAGCUGGGAAGCUGUCGACAGGUCAUCGUCGAACUUCACCCCCGACAUAACACCGUUGAUUUUGGCCGCGCACAAGAACAAUUACGAAAUCCUGAAAAUACUUCUCGAUCGUGGUGCAACUCUUCCGACUCCUCAUGACGCCAGAUGUGGUUGCGACGAGUGCGUGACGUCCAGCGAACAGGACUCCCUGAGGCACUCGCAGGCUCGCAUAAACGCGUACCGAGCGCUCACGUCGCCAUCUUUGAUCGCUCUGUCCUCGAGGGACCCGCUCUUGACUGCCUUCGAGCUAUCCUGGGAGCUACGGCGAUUGAGUAAAAUGGAGCAGGAGUUCCGUUUCGAGUACAAUGAGAUGCGAGAGCAGACACAGACAUUCGCUACGUCCCUGCUGGAUCACGCGCGCACGUCCCUGGAACUGGAGAUAAUGCUGAAUUACAAUCCACACGGCGACAACUGGGAGCCCGGCGAACGACAAACCCUGGACCGACUCAAGCUUGCGAUCAAGUAUAAACAGAAACAGUUCGUGGCCCAUCCGAACGUGCAACAACUGCUGGCAGCGAUCUGGUACGACGGUUUACCGGGCUUCAGGCGGAAGAGCAUGAUCGGGCAGUUCAUCGAGGUCGGGAAACUCGGCGCCAUGUUCCCAGUGUACAGCUCGAUUUACAUGGUGUCGCCCACCUCACCGAUGGGGCUGUUCAUGAAGAAGCCGUUCGUCAAGUUCAUCUGUCAUUCAUCUUCGUACGCGUUCUUCCUUAUGCUGCUCGGGAUGGCGUCGCAACGCAUCGAGUACCUGGUAAUCGAGUUAUUCGGGAAUGCGUGGAUGCACGAGAUCUUGGCCGGCUGGAAGAGACGGGAACGGGGCUGCAUCCCCGGCUUCGUCGAGAGCGGCGUCAUCAUCUACGUAAUCAGUUUGGUGAUGGGCGAAAUGAGAUCGUUAUGGUCGGAUGGACUGUUAGACUAUAUAUCGGAUCUAUGGAAUAUCGUCGACUUCAUUCAGAACGUGUUCUACGUCAUAUGGAUCAUGUUGAGGCUCACCGCUUUUAUCGUAGUACAAAGGGAAUACUGGAACGGCAUGGAUCCUUGGUACCCCAGAGAUCAAUGGCACGCCUUCGAUCCCAUGCUGCUUUCCGAAGGAGCGUUCGCUGCUGGAAUGAUCUUCAGCUUUCUGAAGCUCGUCCAUAUAUUCAGCGUGAACCCUCACCUUGGGCCACUACAAAUUUCCCUUGGGCGAAUGAUAAUAGACAUUAUCAAGUUCUUCUUCAUCUACACGCUUGUGCUGUUCGCCUUCGGCUGCGGAAUGAACCAACUGAUGUGGUACUACGCGGACCUGGAAAAGAUGAAAUGCUACAACAUAAAGGACUUCCCGGAUCUCCCCAAUUUCGAUGAUCAGGAAAAGGCUUGCUCGAUUUGGAGACGUUUCGCUAAUUUAUUCGAGACGUCGCAAUCUCUCUUCUGGGCCAGUUUCGGAAUGAUCGAUCUGAUGUCGUUCGAUCUGACAGGAAUAAAAAGCUUCACGAGAUUCUGGGCGCUUCUGAUGUUCGGUUCUUACUCCGUGAUCAACGUUAUCGUCCUGUUGAACAUGCUCAUCGCUAUGAUGUCCAAUUCUUACCAGAUUAUAUCAGAAAGAGCCGAUACCGAAUGGAAGUUCGCCAGAAGUCACCUGUGGAUGAGCUACUUCGAAGACGGCGACACGGUGCCGCCACCUUUCAAUAUGAUACCGACCGGAAAGACGUUCAAUAAACUCCUCAGUUGCAGCAAAAGCGGCCGUCAAACCAGAUCUUUGAUCAAAAAAUCGAGGGAAAAAGCGUUGGCGAGACACGAGACUGUGAUGAGACUGCUGAUCCGACGUUACGUGACCGCGGAGCAAAGGAAACGCGACGAGUUUGGUAUCACAGAGGACGACGUUAUGGAGAUUCGACAGGACAUCUCCACGCUGCGAUACGAGCUGAUCGACAUACUACGUCAGAACGGAAUGAAGACGCCCAGUGUCGACAAGCAGGACGCUGCGUUGUCCGGGAAAAAGGGACGAGUGAUGGAACGUCGUCUCCAGAAGGACUUCCAGAUCGGUAUAGUUGAAGGUAUCGUGAACGCGGUGAUCCAAAACGAGAACGAGCCGAAGGAUGUGUUCAGUCAAAUCGCGAAGGCGAUCGGCCGUAAGAGCAGCGGCAGCAAGAAGAAGGACUGGAACGCCAUGGUGAGGAAGAACACGCUCGCUAAAGAUCCGAUUGGCAGCACCACCGAGGCGUCGAUAAAGCAAACGCGGCGCAGCAUACGCAGACACCUACAGCAUCAAGCGAAUUCGGAUUUAGCAUCGAUGGAUCCGACUCGUCUGCUCGAUUACAAUCCGAAUCUGUCGGAGGUGACGCCUGUCACUAGGAUCGCGUACGCUAAGUUCAUGAUGAGUCGCACAAAGGUCGCCGAUGAAGAUCCAGAAGCCCCGAAGGAAGAAGGUGGCGGCGGCGGAGGAUCCACGAGAGUAAGCAUAAUGGAAGGAGGAGAACCGGUCCGGGCGAAGUUAAUAUUGAAGAAGAGCCUUUUGAAAUCGGCCAGCGGCGGCAGCAUGGACAAAGACAAAACGGUUGAGAAGGUGCCGUCGACGGAGGGCAAACCGGAAGUCCGAACGCCGUCGCCGAUCCCGGAGGAUCCACGGGAGGACGACGCGACGAAGUCACCCCAAGGAAAAUCGUCGGCCACGAAGAAGCCAACGGAAACGAGUCAGCCGAAAAAAGAGGGUGAAGAUAAGAAGAAAGGGGAUGAAAAGAAGGUGGAGGGUGACGAUAAGAAUGUAGACGAUGAAGAGAAGAAAAAGAAGGAGGAGGAAGAGAAGAAGAAGAAGGAGGAGGAAGAGAAGAAGAAAAAGGAAGAAGAAGAGAAGAAGAAGAAAGAGGAGGAAAAGAAGAAGGAACCGGGUGGCCAAGCAGCGAAACCAUCGCCACAGGAGGACAAUGUUCCGGUCGCUACCACGAAACUACGUGGAAAAUCGAAAGCUACCGGACAAAUUAUGGGCGGAUGGAUCUGAACCAGAUUCCAUCUUUUCUCUCUAUCGGACGUCGUGUUGGCUGACGUGUUUUGUACGCAACCAGGCUGAUUCACAAAGAAUUUUGGGCAGA